AACAUCAUUUGGGAAAUAAUUCAAACUUCAGUUUUCAGUUUUCAGUAUCUAUGAAGCUCAGUGUGCAGAUGGUGAGACGGAGUGUGUAGGAGUGUGUGUGUGUGCUACCUCCUGAUCCUGCAGGAUUAAACACAGGUCAACGGAGGCCGUGAAACGCUCCUGAAUCCUCAGACGGAGACUGGGACGGCGUUGGGUUCAGAUUUUGGGAAAUGCGCUGGUUAUGGAGACACCGAGUGAUGGGUUUGCUGGCGGUGCUGGUGAUCUUACUGCUGCUGACGCUGCUGGCCACACACUCACUGCACAACAUCAACAGAACUCAUGAACAGAGACCGACGGCGGACAGAAGAAACCAGAGAAGAGCUGCAGAGAAACACACACACACUCAUACAAACACACAGCAUCCACCCAAACCCACACACGCUCCUCAGCACACACAGCAUCCGCCCAAACACACACAGACAGACAGGAGAGCGCACCCACCGGUGGUCUUCCUGAAAACACACCGCACCGGCAGCAGCUCCGUGCAGAAUAUACUGUUUCGACUCGGGGAGAGAGAGAGCGCCACCUUCGCCUUUCCCUCUCGCACGUACCAGUUCAACUACCCACACAGAUUCAGAGCAUCAUCAGUGGACGAGCUGCCCGAGGGAUCAUCUCAGUUUGACCUGCUGUGCAGUCACAUGCGUUUGGACCUGCGGCAGGUGAGGAAGGUGAUGCCCCAGAACACAGUCUUCAUCACACUGCUGCGUGACCCAAUCAAAACCUUUGAGUCAGUCUUCAGAUACCACACCUACACCGUCCCCGCAUUCCUCAGUGCACAGCGAGCCGCCAGCAACACGGGCAAACCUGCACUCUCAGUCUUCCUGGACUCUCCGGAGACCUUCUGGAACCCAACGGAGCCGUGGAACGGACUAGCCAAAAAUCCCAUGAGCUUCGACAUGGGGCUGAACAAUCAAAAGUGGAACAGCUCCUGGCCUGAAGACCUGGCGCAACUGGAGGAGGCGUUUCACCUGGUGAUGAUCGCCGAACACUUUGACGAGUCCCUAAUUCUCCUGGGAUCUCUUCUCGGACUUGAUCAUGAAGAUUUGGCUUAUCUUCAACUCAACGCUCGUGCUAGCAGCAGCAAAACCGAGCUAACGGAGAAUAUUCAAGCCAAACUGCGAUCCUGGAACGUCCUGGACACGCUUCUCUACGACUUCUUCGUGCAGGUGUUCUGGGAGAAGGCGGCUCAGUUUGGGAUGGAGAGGUUAAAAGCGGAGACUGCGCGUCUUCGGGAAUCUACAGAGAGUAUUCGGCGGAAAUGUGUCUCGAGGGCUGCAGUGCCCCCUGGAGAGCUGGAGGACCUGCUGCGACCGUGGCAGACGGAGACGGUUACCGUCGUGGGAUAUGAAGUGAAGGGAAACCUCUCGCUGCAGGAUCAGGGCUUCUGUGUGCGGAUGAUGUUGCCUGAGCUUCAGUAUCACUCACACUUGUACUUCAGGCAAUACGGGAGAGAUAUGAGAGCCGCUCCAGCUGAACUCUGAAAUGUGGGAAUCGUAACAGACUGGUGUUGGCCAAUGGUGUCUUGGGUCCGGCCUUUCCGUACAUCAAUCAAGCUCAGUUUGAAGGUUUCAAUACCAUUAAUUUUCCCUUAGCUUAUUCUCUUAUUUAUCAGAGGUCGCCACAGCGGAAUGAACUACCAACUAUUCCAGCAUAUGUUUUACGCAG